UUACUUUGUAAGCUUGUGUUUUCCCUUUGAAUGCUUGUCUCUUGACUGUGGCUCUGAAGCCAUGUUGUCCCCUGCCUGUACCCUUUUAAUUGUUCUUUUAUCAUUAUUAUCAUUUCAGAUAAUGUAGCUCAAAAGCACCACCACUUAGUAGUUAGUAGUAAAAGUGUAAAACUACACAACUCACCAUGAAAACCACUCAUACAUUUUGUGCUUCAAAUGCUGCCAUUACCACCAUGGAUUCCAACAUUCAUCACCAACCCCCCUCCUCCUCCUCCUCCUCCUCAUCCUCCGUCACCGCGACUUCUUUCGAUGGCAGUCGGGCAAUCGACCGCCAUAACCCCAUCAUCCAAGACCAAACAAGACUCACCAAAACCCUGCUCAAACCUCCUCAUCCCCGAAAAUACAAUGACAACAACGAUGACAACAACAACAACAACAACAACAACAACAACAACAACAACAACGUCAAAAAUAACAACAAAAUGUUGAAAAAUUCCAAAACCAACAUUGAGCAGAAGAGAGAAACUAUUGCUUCUGCAGAUGAACAGUUAGUUAUGAAUAUGAAUAAUAAUAAUAAUAAUGUAGUAAGGAGACAAGGAGGGGUGCUUGGAUGGGGGUGUACAAGGCCUGGUGAUUUCAUUAGUCCUGCAAGUUCUUCAAGGUUUUUGUUGACAGACAAAUUGUUGUCUGAUCAGUUUGAUCCUGGUUUGAAACAAUCCGAGGAUGACAAAUCUUGCAAAAAGAAGAAUGACGACGGUUUAUCAUCUUCUUCGGUCAAAAUGCCGCCAGGGUUUUCGUCGUCUUUGUCUUCACGCUCUUCUGAUCACCAGGUGGUUGUGUUAAGAGUAUCAUUGCACUGCAGAGGUUGUGAAAAGAAAAUGAGGAAACAUUUGUCUAAAAUGGAAGGUGUAACAUCCUUCACCAUAGACUUUAUGGCAAAGAAGGUAACGGUGGUUGGCAGCGUAACACCGCUAGGUGUUCUCAUGAGCGUGUCAAAGGUCAAGAACGCUCAAUUGUUGACUCCGACAGUCUCGUCACCACUCGAGCCUCAGAUGGACUCUCGUUUCUCAAAAAUCAAUAAACAAUUAGGACUCGUUGCAUAAAAGUAGUAUGUUACGUAUGGGAUUGUGAUGUUGGUUUUAACUUGGAUUGUUUGGUUAUGUAGCGAAUAUGUUUGUGAUUUUAGUGGAGGGACACAAGUCUUGGGAUAUAUGAACUCGCGCUUCACAUAAAAUGUUUCAUUGUUUGGCACUCGUUGAGUGCGGGUUUACAUACCGAGGGUUGUUUGAUUGUUUGUUCUAGCUUAAUAAAUAAACUUUUCAAGAUUU